AUGCCCCAAGCAUGUUUCGUGGCCCAGAUUGGGCUUUCAGAAUGCGAAGUAUUUUCCAAGCCCGAAGGAUUCAUAUUGUGUGUUGCUGUUCUGAUUGUGUCGCAUCCAUUUGUGCCUCAGUUUGGCCCUUUGGGCCCUUUGCUUCACGUUCAGGUUUUUCACGACACUGACCAGGAUGCCGACUAUCUGCCAGAGGCCUACAAUAAGGGUGAUGACUGGUUCGAGGCCACUUUGGCCGAUCCUAUGGUCUACACCGGCGCUCUCUACGCCCCAGGCAACGAAUCUGUGUGGUCUGCUCAGCAGAAGAAGCUGGAGUUCAUCGCGUAUGGCUUGGGCGUAAAGAAAGGAGACAAGGCCCUUGAGAUUGGCUGUGGCUGGGGCCGACUUUCCAACUACCUUGCCAGCAAGGGAGCCAAGGUGACAGGCGUCACCAUGUCCUCUGAUCAGCAAGCUUAUGCCAAGCGAAUGAGCAGUCAGCUGGGCAAUGGCGAGAAUGUGGACAUUGUUCUCAAAAACUUUUUUGACCUGCAGUUGCCAGACAAGUCUUUCAAUGUCAUCUCUUCCGUCGAAAUGGCCGAGCAUGUCGGUAUCCGGAACUACAACAAGUUCUUGCGAAAGGUGCAUCGUUUGCUUGCCGACGACGGCGUGUUCUACCUUCAGGUAGCAGGCCUUCCUCGCGGUUACGCCACAGGCUACAACCACUACGAGGACCUGGUCUGGGGCCUUUUCAUGGACGAGCAUGUUUUCCCUGGAGCUGAUGCCUCAUGCCCAAUGGGCUGGGUGGUGACCCAUUUGGAACAGGCCGGCUUCGAGGUACAAAGCGUCCACAACAUGGGAUAUCACUACUCUCAGACCUUAUACCAUUGGCUGCAAAAUUGGGAGGCGAGCAAGGACCGCAUCGUGAAGGCUUAUGGAGAGCGCUCAUGGAGGCGAUGGCGUGUUUUCCUCGCCUGGUCCGUCCGGAUCUCCCGAAGGCUGGGCUGUGGCGAUCGACAGCGAGCCAGCGACGUUGGCUGCGGCUAG